AUGGCUGGACGAAAACAAGCCAUGCUUGCAGACGUUAUCUUGACCAAACCACCCACGGAUCCCGACAGCGUUAUUCUAGUGUUUGCUAUAGGUGAUCCUCACAGCAUUAUGUUCUGUUAUGUUGGAGAAGAUCAAAAGGCUUGGACUUAUAGAAUUUGCCACGAAGAAUUGAAGAGGCUGGUAAUCCGAGAUGACCACGAUGAGGAUGAGUUCGAUUACUUUGUUACUCCGGUGUUUUGCAAUGACAGGAUUUAUGUUCACACAUCUAGCAGAGGUAGGAUGGCUGAGAUUGAGAUUGUGAAACCGAGGCGAGUUGAGGUUUUCAAAUUGGAUUUCUCCACAUUGGUUUGGCAUGUUGUUGAGAGAUGUCCCAAUUUAUCGUUUUACCUGAGCCGCGCUCUCCUGCAGGACCAGGCCCUGGCUUGCCCGAUUGCAUCUCCUGAUUCAGACAAGGCGGGAAAUCGAGUUUACUUCACUUUUGAUGAUUCAACCUCGCCAUGUGAACCACCACCAACUUGGAUACUGAUUUCUGAUGCUCGAGCACUAGCGGAAGCUGAGCAAGACUAUCGUGAUGCUUUGAGCAACAACGAAACAGGUGGAACAGAACAAGAAACUCGAUUAUCAUUCAUCAAGGAAAGAAGAAAAUUUUUCCUAAACAACAAGGGAAAUGAGGGGCAAGUUACUGCACCAGCAUCAAGGUUAGAAGUUGUUUACUAUAUCGAACCAGGAAAAAUGAGCAAUUGGGUUGUAAGAGGUGUAACCCAAGUGAACGAUGAUGAGACCAUAAAUAGAGCAGAGCAGUCCAAUGUCUAUCCGAUUUGUGUUGAUGGAUGCUUUUACCUGCAAGACAAAAAGGGAAGCCUUGGAGUUUUUAGUUGGUGGGAAGAACAUGGACAUUAUACUCUGACAAGGUAUGAUUCUGAAUUUCCAAUAGAAAGCUCAUCUUUGGAGCAAACCUUCUGA